UGGCAAAAUUGCCUUCCUAAACUUUCCAAUUGUUUACUCUGAGAAAUGUGCACCUGGCUUUGGUGGGUUUAUAGUUCUUUACUAGCUCCUUGAUUUUGUACAUGUCUUUAUACCACCUUCUAAUUUCUCCUUUUCCUCCUUUUCCUCUCCUGUACACUCUUUUCCUCUCCAAAUUCCAUCAAACGUCUACUUCAGAUCGUAUCUCCAUAAAGUUUUUCUAGCCCUUUCUUUUCUGUACACUCUUUCCUACGGUCUGAAUGUUUGUGUCCCCUCAAAAUUCAUAUGUUGAAACCUAGGCACUUAAGAGGCAGUGGCAGUGGCAAUCGUUGGCUGCAGAGAAGGAGGGAGGGAAACACACAGCCAGCUGCACACUGCAAGAUAACGAGGGUAAUCCACAGACUGGAAACAUGAGUUCAGAUGCCAGCCAAGAUGUGACUACCACUCCUCCUCCUCCUCCUCCCAGCAUGCCUCACAAAGAAAGAUAUUUUGACUGUAUCAAUAAAAAUGACCCAGAACACAUUAGAGAGAGGAAUAUGUUUCCUGAUCUUCGACAAGACUUCAAUAUGAUGGAGCAGAGGAAGCGAGUUACUCAGAUCCUGCAAAGUCCUGCCUUUCAGGAAGACCUGAAAUGCCUUAUUCAAGAACAGAUGAAGCAAGGCCACAGCCUAGCUCAAUUACUAGCAUUACGGCAGAUUACAGAUUACAUCAUGGUCAAUUGUUUCUCAGGCUUUUCUUCACCUCCCUUCAGUCUUGGCAUGAUCACACCUAUCAAUGACCUUCUUGGUGCAGAUACACCCUCAUAUAUGAAGGGAGAAACACUUACCAGCCGUAAACUUUCCAGCCUUUACAGACUUGCAGACUUGUUUGGGUGGGCACACCUGGCACAUACACAUAUCUCAGUAAGAAUAAGUAAGGAGCAAGACCACAUUAUUAUAAUUCCUGGAGGCCUGUCUUUUUCUGAAUCCACAGCCUCCAAUUUGGUGAAAGUCAAUACAAUAGAAGAUGUGGUUGACCAAGGAAGUACUACUAACUUGGAAAUUGACCACACAGGAUUCAGUCCUCAUGCUGCAAUCUAUUCAGCACAUGCUGAUGUUAAGUGUGGUACACAUCCAUACCCUUGCAACAGCAGCUGUGUCCUCCAUGAAGUGCAGGAUCCUUCCACUUUCUCAAGAGUCCCUUAUCCUGGGAGAUGUCGCCACAAACAUAUCUGUCUGCAUCACUCAGGUGUUCUCUGUAAUAUCUGUUGGAAAGAAAUUGCCAGUGAACAAGUGAGAAUUUUUAUUUCUCUGACACCUGUUUCACCCAUAAUUUUUAUCAUAAUUUUUGACUGUACUUUUGGGUCCCCAUUGUUUCAAUGGGCAUUAACCGAAUGCUUCAAAAGCUUCUAAGACAAGAAGCUAUAGCAUUAGUAUACACUGGUGCAUAUUUUUUUUUAAGUUUUAAGAAAAGAUUCAUUUGGAAUUUUAUUCACAGUAUAAAAUUUCCUCACCUGAAAUAACCUUGUUUGCCAAAAAAGGAGUUUUAGUAAACUGUAAUUUUUGAAAACUUCCUUUUUUAUUGGUUUAGAAAGCCCCUUAUUAUUAAACAAAGGGGAUUUUGUACAUAUAACAUGAGUUAUUUAGUUUAACUCUGGUAAAAAACAAUUUUUGUAUGUUAAGAUGUUUGUAUACCAUUGAGUAUAAAAGUGUCCUAAGCGUGUUAGCCAAUCUCUUAACAGUACAGCAUAUUUAAGGCUGCUUGGUACUGGGUAUAAUUAAAUAUAAUUCAAGAAUCCAGGGACUUGAUAUCAAAAGGGGAUUAAAGCAUAUAAAGGUACAUCUAGAUUCAUAUUUAAAUCUUAUACUUUAUUUUUCUGUUUGCAUCGCUAAUAAGUAAAGAAAAUAUUAUAAGGUAACCAAAUGAAAAAGAAUGACAGAGAAAAUGAAAAGAGAACAAAAGGUGGAAUGUGAAAAGAAGAAUUCUAGUUUGAUAAUAACUCAUAUUCAUAAUAGGAUAUAAAGUGUGGUUUAUUCGAAACAUGUCCCAGAUUUCUAAAAUUCUGUUUCUCUGCCCGAAUCAUCACUUUUUUGGUUGAUAUUUGAAUUUUAAAAGGGUCAUUUCCUUCCAACUUAUAUAUCUUUAGAGGGCAGCAAUAGAAGAAAUUAGUAUGUACCAAUGGGAAAACUACCACUUCUUCAUUUUUAUAGAUUUUCAAAAAAUCUUUUUAGUUAAUUUUCUUUCUAAUGUAAAUACAAAUUCAAACCUAGGCAUAAUAUAGGCUUUUCCCCCUUCACCCAAGUGAUGUCCUAAAUCAAUGUAAAAUCAAUCAUCCAAAAUGACCCAUGGGUAAAAAUAAUCCAAAGUGUUUAUAGAGGGUGAGUUGGCAUGCAAAAAAUUAUAUUGAUUACAGUGUGUUCUGGGGCUGGUUCUGUUUGACUAUGUGUAUGAUGAUGCAAAUUUGAAACAGAGCCUGGAAAUGUCGUUCUAGAUCUCAAACUAACUACUAGAGUCAGUGUUUUAAUCUCUUAAUGGAAACUUUCUGUUGCUUAACUCUGUAUUUGAGGAUUUUUUUAAUGGUUGACAUCAUUUAUGUUGUAUUACAACGUAUAUAGAAACAGUAACCUUUGAAAUAUGCUUUUCCACAACUUCUAAAAAUAUAUAUAUCUAAAUGAAUGCAUUAUGCAUAAAUAUUUUUUAAAUGCAAUAGGGAACUAUUGUACCUUUUGCUAAUGCCUCUAUUUACUCGCUUUGGCAUAAAGAGUGAGCCAAUGAACCUUUGUUGUCUUGUGGAAAAAUGUAUAAAUGUUACCUUAAAUUGCUCUUAGAUAUAAUGCUAAUUAAUGUUA